AUGGCCGCCCUCGGCGGAGACGCCGCCCCGCGGGGUCGCGCACUUCCGCUUCCCGCGGAGCGGGCGAUGGCGGGCCGGGGCCGGGGCCGGGGCCGGGGCCGGGGCCGGGGCCGCGGGCGGGCGCGCUGGUCGCUUGGUCCAUCCGCCGCGCCCAACUGCUCUCUCCUAGCAGGUCCCUUCGCCUCGGCGGGGAAAAUGAAGAUCGUGGAGGAGCCGAAUACGUUCGGGUUGAAUAACCCAUUCUUGCCUCAAACAAAUAGACUGCAGCCAAAGGUGUCCCCGUCUGCAGUAUCAGGCCCUGCACAUCUCUUUAGGCUUGCUGGCAAGUGUUUCAGUUUUGUGGAAUCCACGUACAAGUAUGAGUUUUGUCCAUUCCAUAAUGUCACUCAGCAUGAGCAGACUUUUCGAUGGAAUGCCUAUAGUGGGAUUUUAGGAAUCUGGCAUGAAUGGGAAAUUGACAACAACACAUUUGUUGGAAUGUGGAUGAGGGAAGGAGACUCCUGUGAAACUAAGAGCAGACAGACAAAGGUUCAUCUUGUUUGUGGGAAGAGCAAUAAAUUGGCUUAUGUGUCUGAGCCAAGUACUUGUGUUUACUCUUUGACAUUUGAGACUCCUCUCGUGUGCCAUCCCCACUCACUUUUAGUUUAUCCAACUCUGACUGAAGCACUACAGAGGAAGUGGGAUGAAGCAGAGCAGCUUCUGUACGACGAACUAAUAACCGACCAGGGUUACAAAAAAAUUCUGAAAGAGAUUUUUGAGGAAGCAGGACUUCUAAAAGCAACAGAAGAAAAUGAAGUUGAAAAACAGAGUAAGAAAAUAACUCCGGAAUUUGAAACAGUGGAAAAGUGCAGUAAGGAAUACAAGCAACUUUCUGAAGAAAUGAAAAAACUUAGAGUUUUAUUAGGUCAACAUGGUAUUGCUUACAAAGGAAAUUCUGCUGGAAAUACCAGUGUUGAGCAUGUAAGUCACCAACUGGCAACUGCAGUGGCAUCAGUUCUUAAUGGGUCAAAGAACGACGAGCACCUGCAUGGCGAUACAGGAAUUUGGAAUUACACUCUAUGAAGAAACUUGGGUGAUACAGAAUGCAAAUUAAACUGAACGUGUAUUAUGCCACAAAGAU